CAGCGCUUCCCGCCGGCGGCGAGGGCGUCCAGGGGCGAUACAACGAGCUGUACCAGGCGUUGAUCGAGGAGAUGCACGCGGCGCUCAAGGCGCUGGGGAAGCCCCCCGCGGAAAACCUCGCGUCGGACGACCCGGACGACGGCGUCGAUCGCGCCGCGCUCGCGGCGUACAAGGCGUACGCGGACGAGUGCGAGAUCAACGACAAGUUAAACGUCGCGGACAAGUGGCACCAGGAGCGGCUCCUGCUGACGCGUCGGCACCCGGACGUGUGGAGCGACUACGCGGCGUUUUGCGCGCGGCGCGGGCGACGCGGGAAAGCAGAGGAGGCGUACAAGGAAGCGUUACAGCUGGACGGCGAGCACGCGCCGUCGCUGCUCGGCCUCACCGUCCUGACGAUGUGCGACGAGGAGUAUCAACGCGCGGAGGUGUACGCGCACGCGGCGACGACGUCCGCGAGGGCGUCGAGCGCGGACCCCGCGGCGUGGGCGCUGCUCGCGGCUACGUACGAAGGGCUCGAACGCGAGGAGGACGCGGCUAACUGCGACUUUGAGGCUCGGCGGCUCGCCGCGGAGGUGAUGUCUCACGUCUUUGACGACGCGCGGCCGUCCCCCGCGCAGCCCGACGCGUUCGAGGCGGCGGCGCUCGCGUGCCUGGACCUCGCGUGCGCGGCGCCGGCGUCCAAGGUUCUGGACAUGUCGCCCGCGGCGCGGCGCGGCGAGCCCGACGGGAUCACCAGAGCGUUGUGCCUCGCGCGGUGCGCGAUGCUCAGCAAAGCGCACGACACCGCGUACGCGCACCUGAUGCGCGCGCUGGAGGUGGACGCCACGGACCCGCGGCCGUUCGAGCUGCUCGGCGACGUGCAUUACGCGUGCGGCAGGUUCAAGGAGGCGCAGGAGGGGUACACGCACGCGCUCGCGCUCAGCGGCGGCGUGGACAACGUCGGCGGGCACCCGCCGGCGUCGCUCAAGCUCAUCCUCAAUCUCGGCAAAGCGUCGCUGGUGUGCGGCAGGCUCAAGGACGCGCGCGGCGUGUUUAUGUCCGCGUGCGGGGUGUCCCCCGUCGCGUCCACGUGGCUCGGCGCCGGGAUCGCGAUGUGCCGCGAGGGCGACCUCGACGGCGCGGAGGCUGCGCUCGCGGAGGCCAACUUGCUCGACGCGUCCAACGCGGACGUCUGGGGGUACCUCUGCCUCGUCGCGUUGCUCUCCGAGCGCGUCGACGAGGCUGAGCACGCGCUGAACGCGGCGUUUAAAGUCGGCAUCGACCACGCGCCGCUGCUCGCGGAGGUCGGGAGCCUGUUUUUGGAGCGAGGGCGGUGGAAGCACGCGGAGGGCGCGCUGCGGCGGAGCGUCAAGCACGGCGCGGGGGCUGACGUUCGCGUCGCGUUGGGCCGCGCGAUUCACGAGCGCGGCGACGCGGAGAGCGCGCGGUUCGAGCUCUGCGCCGCGGUGGACGCCGCGGGCGGGGAUAAGGAGGUGCUCGUGGGGGCGCUGAGCGCGCUCGUGGACGUGUACGGGGAUCUGGGCGACGCCGCGGCGGCGCAGUCGUGCGAGGACGAGCUCGCGAGGUUGUGA